CACAAUAUUUUUGUUUUCCCUCAUUUUUUUCUCCGCCAAAAUCUUUUAGACUUAUUACCCAAAACCUUUAGACCUUCUAAUUUUUUUGCCGUCUCUCUCUCUAGUCUCCAAGCGGCAGCCUCUCUCUCACCAAAUUGGAGUGUCGUUGCUAGAAAAUUCUCGGUGUUCUUCUUCAGAUUAUUUGCAAUUUGUCUUUCAUCUUCUCCAAUUCUGAUUUUAUGUAACCAGAAACGGUUUUGUUUUAAGACAGUCGAGUCAGUUGCACGGCGUUAUGUUUAUAAUUCAAUUUGGAAAAAGUGGAGUGCGAAUAGGCUAAACUUGUGGAGAGCAUUCUAUGAUCCACUCAAAAGUAAAGCUCAGAUUAUGGAAAAUAUUCCGACUGGGAUUCCACGGGAUCAGUGGACUUCAUUUGUUGAUUACCGUUUUAAAGAAACAACUUUGGAAAUGUGCAGAAGGAAUACUGAGAUUCGAAAGAAACAAACAUCUACACAUACAGGUGGCUCCAAACCUAACUCCAGAAGAAGGGCUGAAAUGAUGGCUGAGACUGGACGAAGGCCUGGACGCGCACAGCUUUAUCUUGAUACUCAUAAGAAACAAGAUGGAACAUAUGUGAAUGAGGCGGCAAAGGAGAUAUGUGAAAAAAUUGAGCUUGCUUUGAGCCAAAGCACGGUGGAUGAGUCUGAACUUUCGCCUGGUAAAGUGCUAGGAAAAGAGCACUCUAGAAGGGUAAGGUGCUUAGGAUUAGGAGUUGUCCCUAGCAAAGCUUUUAAACAUGCAAGACCUCGUUUUGGUGGUAUGAAUGCUUCAAGUAGUGAUGCUUCAUGUUUGAACCAUUGCCAAGAGAACUACAAUAAAUUGUUGAAUGCUCACAACCAAAGCCAAGAGAACUACAAACAAAUGAUGAAUGCUUUCAAGGCAUAUAAGAUAAUGAAAGAAGGGACAAUACCGGAGCAAUUUGUGGAGUUCUUUGCUUCUCCUCCUACAACAGUAAAUAAACUUGUGAUUUUUUUUCAACUGAUAUUAUCUGCAUCAGGAGCUGCAUCAACUGAUAUUAGCUGACCUGGUGUCAAAAGACACAUGCUUUCCUUGUCCGUUCUAGUGGUUUUGGCACUCUGUAAAAUCCAUGUUUGCUUGUUUACAUGAUGAACUUGAGCAUGAUUUUUCUGCUGAAUGCAGCACUCCAGAAUAUGCUCAGAGCACUUCUGUUUUCAUUCUUGUUUGGAUGGACAAUCAUAUGUUUAUGUCCUAUCCUGCAUCAACGAUGUGCUAUGAGGUCAAAACAGUAUAGUGAAAACAAAUAAAUUGUUGAUCUCUUA